CGGAGUGGGAGCUCCUUACCCCGUGUAUCGUGAGCCACCUCUAGCUUCUCCUCCUCCGCAGCACCCUCACCGGUGGCCGGUUCAUUCACUGUCCACACCGAUUGACCACCGCGGUUCAGAUGAUACACACGAGAUAACACCGAGACAAACCGUGGGUGUUUGGAUGUGUUUGGCGUGGGUUAGCAUGCGGUCGGCCGGUGAGGAUGUUAGCUCGGGUCAGCAGCAGCAGUGAUGAGCGCAGACUCUCACUGUAUCCCGACCAGCUGCAGAAACACGUUCAUACUCCAGUUUGACUUCCUCUUCCCUUUUUAAGGUAGCUGAGAGAAAGACAAACCUCUUCUGAAAACUUCUUGGACGCCAUGGCCCCCCACCCGGUGGUCCAGGCCGUCAUUGACCUCUCUGCAGGAGCCAUAGGGGGAGCAGCAUGUGUCUUCAGUGGGCAGCCUCUCGACACGGCAAAGGUCAAGAUGCAGACCUUUCCUAAUAUGUACCGGGGUUUCAUCCACUGCGUCACGUCCACCUACAAACAAGUGGGUCUGCGGGGUCUCUACCAAGGCACCUCGCCGGCUCUGAUGGCCAACAUCGCAGAGAACUCGGUGCUCUUCAUGAGCUACGGCUUCUGCCAGCAGGUCAUCCGCUUCACAGCUGGUCUGCCCAAUGAGGCUGUGCUGAGUGACGUGCAGAAAGCUUGUGCUGGCUCGAUAGCGUCCAUUUUCUCCUCGCUAGUCCUCUGCCCCACUGAGCUGGUUAAGUGCCGGCUGCAAGCCAUGUACGAAAUGGAGGCAUCAGGCAAGAUUGCGAAGAGCCAUAACACGGUGUGGUCGGUGAUGAGGUCCAUCAUGAGUGCUGAGGGGCCGCGGGGCUUCUUCCAGGGCCUGACCCCCACCAUCGCCAGAGAAGUCCCCGGGUACUUCUGCUUCUUCGGUGCCUACGAGCUCUGCCGCACGACCUUCGCAGACUACAUGAAGUGUGAAAAAGACGACAUAGGUGUGCUUCCCAUCAUGUUCAGCGGCGGUCUGGGCGGGGCCUGCCUGUGGCUCGUGGUCUAUCCCAUGGACUGCGUCAAGUCUCGGAUCCAGGUCAUGUCGAUGAUGGGCAAACAGGCGGGGUUUUUCAAGACCUUCAUGACUAUCGCUCGUACUGAAGGUGUGAGGGCACUCUACUCCGGUCUCACCCCCACCAUGGUCCGCACCUUCCCUGCUAACGGAGCGCUGUUCCUGGGGUACGAGGCCAGCCGGAAGCUCAUGAUGAAGCAGUUUGACAGCUAAAAUAUGCACAACACGACUGAAGGAACUGGAAGUGAAGUGUAUUACAGCCAUAACACAAAACUCCAGUUGAAGCAUUCAAGCUCAGUACUUGUGGGAUCUGGUCUUUCCCUAAAACGUGCUGAGCUUCAUCUCUUUUUUAACCUACACUUCUAACAUAGUGUUUAGAUCAUUGUAUUAAUUUAUUUUUUAGGGUUAUAUAUAUAUAUAUAGUUGAUUUUAAACUCUGCAGAUUUGCUACUGCUGACAUACAGCUCGCUUGAUUAUAAAAUACAAAUGUACGGCAGCAUAGAAGCAACCUUAACGAGCCUCUUUGAGGACGUGUUCACACUCCAGUGUAUUAUAGUGUGUUAUGCCUACCUCAGAAGAAGUCGUAUACGCACAGAAACUCUGCCAGACAUUUCAAACGGUUUCUAUACUCUCUGUGUAUGCAGGUACACGGGAAAGACAAACACUCCGUAUCUUUUGAAUGCAUGAAGUUGAAACGUGUGAGGUAGUAUACUAAUCGAUUGACGUUGCCUAAAAUGUGUUUUGAUGACUUGUGUUUGUUAAUUAUGGAAUCCUAAAGAAAAUAGUUGGUUAUAAAUAUGUUAUUUGAUCUAGAGUCUAACAGGGUCCUCCAGCCUCAACAAAAACAAACACUGCCAGCAGGAGUUUCGUCAUACUGACUGUUUUUGUAUUCAUUUUAAAUUCCACUCCUGUUAUGAUUUAAGUUCCCCCUCGCUUUUAAACAAUUUUUGCCUUUUUGAUCACUACGCUUUGCCUUUUUGUUGUGUAACCUCUAUCCGUGCUCAUUCUGUAAAAGUCAUUGAAGAAAAAUCCCUUUUCUUUUAAUCAAACGGGCCAUAUGCACCACGAUGCAGGAUUUUUCCAGUGCUUAGUAGACCUUUCAGAAAGCUCGUUUCCCUUCAAUGAUAAUGGAGACAUUGUAAAAUGCUAACUAUUGUGUUUGAGAUGACACUGAAAUGUUUGUACAUCCUGUUAUUCAUUGCAGAAAACGUCCUACAUUAAAGGAGUCAUUGUAGAAUAAUUAAA